UCUCAGGUCGUGAUCCCACUACUCCCUGACGGUGGACAUAAAUGCAUGGUCAGGUCACCGAUUUGGUACAUCCAGAGAAGCAGGAAGGCACUCUGCGGAGUUCUGCAUCCUCCUUCGCUGCUUGGACGGCCAUGGACAGAUCAGAAAGUUGCUCACAAUCUCGCCAGCUCGGACCAGACUGACCAGUCCUUUAAGCUCUCUGCCAUACGGGUCUUCACCUGCAACCCGCCUCUAGGUAGAUAGCCCAUCUGCGUUAGGCUAAUCGCAACUCAUCUCCGUCAAUAAAUCAAAUUUAUCAUCAUUUUAUACGUAUUCACUCAGUCAAUUCAAUUUUUACUGUAACCCAGUACCGUCAAUAUAUUCACACAGCAAAAUUAUUUUCAAAUAUUUCCUUAAUUUUAUUAUUACUCAUCAAGAUUUUAUUCAAUUUUUUUUAUUGUGAAUAAUUAUGAUUUGAAAAGUCAAACAUUUCGAUGUAAAUAAAUAAAUAAAUUUAUACUUUAGUGUUUUAGUGGUUAAUUUAGACCUAUUUUUAAAGAAAAAUAAUAGAAAGUUGUAAAGAAAUAUUUUAACCAUGAGAUUUUAAUUUUAAUAUUUGAAACUUUUAAAGAAAAAGUUUAGAUCUAAAAAUCUAGAACAGUUGAAACAUCAUAUUUUUUUGAACUUUAUAUAUUCAAUAUUGGUGUCAUAUGAAAGAUUAUAAAAAAGUUAUGAAUUUUUAUAUAUUUUUUGUAAAAAUUGGAAUACAAAUAAAAAAGUUAUGAUCCUUUAAAUGAAAUUGGGAUUAUAAAUUUGGAUGGGACCAUGCUUUCCUUUCCAUACGUCCAAGCUGCGGUUCUUUUGUCUCUUCCGUGAAUAACGUAGCAGGUAUCCACUCCACCGGUGAUCUCUAGCCACUUUAGCACCAUGGUAUAACGCUGGGUUGCAGCCAUAUUUGGGGUCAAAAGCUCUAAUAUAGCCUUUUCACUCCAGGAUUGCAAUCAGCCUUAGACAUGGCAUUGGCAAUUGCUUCAGUGGGCCUCACCUUGACCAUGACCUCCAAUGAUUUUCGCACACCACCCCAGAGGCGGAGGCUAUUAAGAACGGGUGCGGCGGAAGAUGAAAUGGGAGGAACAAGAAGAGAAAUGAGGGAAAAAGAAAGGAAAUUAAUACUCCGUAGUUGAUUUGAGAGGGUGGAUUAGCGGUGAGAGAAGAGAGAAGAGGGCGGAAGAAAAGAAAAACGGGGAGAACCGGACAUGAGGAAGAAGGAGAAUAGGAGCAAAAAUGAAAACAGUAAAAUAAGCCACGUAAGCAACUGAUCAGCUAAUCUGGAAUCAAUCUACUAGAAUAUUAAUUUGAUCAUUUUUCUAAGCUCAUGUUCUUAAUUGAGUGUUUUUAAGUGUGAUGACAUAAUUAGUUUUUGAGGGGGCUAUUAAAUUGUCUCUAGGGUUUUACCGCUAGAGUUUUCUUAGUCCGCUAUCGUCUUUUGGCGAGGAGCGCUGCCGUCUUCCGGCAAUUCGUUCGUGGAUAAGGAGAUUCGGCUGGAGGAGAAGAUAGCAGUGGCCAACAGGGUACGUAACCGCAAUAUACGAUUGGGUUGAGAGGAGGUUCGAGCAGUUUGAUUUUCGGCAGCAAGGGUUACAUCGAAGAAGUUAGCGGGACUGAUUCUCGCUAGGGGGUUUUGUCAGCAGGUUAGGAGGCGACAAGGGCUAUAUGGAGCGGAUGGUUGACCAGUACAAAAAGAUGAAUAUUGAAGAGGAUGUCGAGGAUGCCGAGGAGUUGGAAAUUGUGGUAGUGGGUUUGCAAAGAAUAUUUCAAGAUGAAAGGUUGAUGAUUCGUCCCCCUCUUGAACCACCACCGAGGAUGAUGCUUGAAGUAUGGAUUCAGUUGUUCCAUCAUCUUAUUUUAUUUAAUUCCAAUUUACCCUUUGGAUUUGGAUUCGUCCCCCUCUUGAACCACCAUCGAGGUUUAUCUUAUUCUGCUGUAUUUCUGUGGAUUUGGAUUUGGAUGUGGGUGAUGAUUUGAUUGUGAUGACCGUCUUUGGCUCAUUUGUGCCCAUGAAUGGAUCAACGAGUUAUAUUAAUGAGGUGAUUAACUAUGCGUCUGGUUCGAGGGACGACUGUUGUCAGGAAUCUCUUUGUUAGAUUACCUACUAUCUAAAUGAUGUGUUAUCAAUUUAAGCCUAUUUCUUCCCAAAAAAAAGUUUGAUGA